AUGGAACUGGUAUCAACAUCAGUUGGCAAGUUUACAGUUGAUCUUUUCAACAAGAUGGAUGAGGCCAACAAGGGCAAAAACAUUUUCUUUUCCCCCUGGAGCAUAUCAUCUGCUCUGGCUCUGAUGUACCUGGGUGCAAAAGGCAAUACAGCAACAGAGAUAGCAGAGGUUCUUCAUUUCACUCAAGCAGCAAGAUCUGAAGGCUCUUCUUCUGUGGCCAGGCCUUCUCGGGGGAGACCGAAGAGAAGAAAAAUGGAUCCUGAGCACAAGCAAGAUGAAGAUACUCACUCUGGCUUCAAAGAGCUCCUGACUGCCAUCAACAAACCCAGAAGCACUUACUCACUGAAAACUGCCAACCGCAUUUACGUGGAAAAAACUUUCCCAUUAUUGCCUGUAUACAUACAGCUCAGUAAGAAAUACUACAAAGGAGAGCCACACAAGGUUAGCUUUAAGACAGCAUUGGAACAAUCCAGAAAGGAAAUUAACACUUGGGUUGAAAAACAAACUGAGGGCAAAAUCAAGAAUUUGCUGGGUCCACGAGAAGUGUCAUCCUCCACCAAGCUGAUCCUAGUAAAUGCUGUUUACUUCAAGGCAGAAUGGGAAGUGAAAUUUCAGGAAGGGAAUACGGUUCUGCAACCCUUCCGACUGAGCAAGAACAAGACCAAGCCUGUGAAGAUGAUGUGCAUGAGAAAUACAUUUCCAGUUCUCAUCAUGGAAACAUUGAAUUUCAAGAUAAUUGAGUUGCCAUAUGUGAAACAUGAACUCAGUAUGUUCAUUCUCCUUCCUGAUGACAUCAAAGACACCACUACAGGUCUUGAACAGCUGGAAAGAGAACUGACGUAUGAGAAGCUGUCUGAAUGGACUGAUUCCAAGAAGAUGACUGAAACUCUUGUGGAUCUGUACAUACCUAAGUUCACACUGGAGGAGAGAUACGAACUCAAUGAUAAUCUGAAGAGCAUGGGCAUGCGCAGUGCCUUUAGCAGCAAUGCUGAUUUCAGUGGAAUGGCUGAGAAGGGUGAUGUGUUCAUCUCCAAAAUUCUUCACAAGUCUUUUGUCACAGUUGGUGAGAAAGGCACUGAGGCAGCUGCUGCUACUGUAACUGUAACAGUAACAAGUUUACCGACUGUCCAUGUUCUGAAAUUUAAGGCUGACCACCCUUUCCAUUUCUUCAUCAGACACAACAAAUCCAAGAGCAUCCUCUUCUUUGGCAGAUUCUGCUCUCCCCCAGAAUGA